CAUAACGUUACGAAACUACGUCGCUCGUUCGCGACCAAGUGUGCAAAUCCUUAGUCACAAUCUAGACUUUUUAGAAAGCGCUGAAAAUUGUUGCUUUUAAUUAAUAACGAGAACGAAUUAGCACCAAAGUGAGAUGUCAUUGGAGAUUACUAAUCCCAUAUCAUCAAGACUUCCAGAAAAUGGUAAUCCUAUUAUGGAAUCCAAGAAUCCAAAUUAUGGAAUUCCUGCAAAUUACAAUCCUGCUGAUCACCCUCCAGUCAAAAUGAGGCAGCACAACCAUCAUGACCAAAAUGAAACCCAGAGGAAAAGACGAUCCAAGAACAGACUUUCAAAUCGACGAAGCACUGGUUACGUUCCACCAGAACUUAUGGAGGAAGCAAUGCAAAUGGGGUAUUCAAAUGGGCAAUCGGAUCAAGUAUGAGAAGAAUUUAUCCUCGAAAAAUAUUAUGUUUUUAUGAAGUAAUAUUAUAGAGACCAUCACAGUUGGUCUAUUUACUAAAUUUUAAAAAACUACUAAUUUCAAAGAGAAAUUAGUAGCGCCCCAUUAAUAUGACCAACUUGAUGAUAUUAGAAUCAGGCAUUUUUACUUUUCUGUAUGACUAGUACAAAAAGUUCAGAAUAUUUUUAUUUUGGAAUCAUUUAGUAAAAAUGAUAUUCUUUUAUCGAAAUAUUUUAUCUAAAUCAAAACAACUCAGGGAGAGAUUUUUUUUUACCACACUCUAAACUUUAAAAUAUAUACCUGUUGUUAGCUUUAUGUAGCAAAUCCGGCUACUUUACAUUUAGUAGAUUACACGUUUGGUAUUACUUAAUAUUAUAAAUAUUGUAUAAAAUAUAUCAAGUAUUUUGCUCAAUAUCUUAUAAAAUAAUGAAUUACGUCUGGCGUCAAGGUUCAUUAUAGUAUUGUUCUGUGCCAUUUCCAUUUUUUAUCACUGACGUAUAUUUUUAAAUUGCUUAUUUGUUAAUCUAUUUUAUUUACCAAAAUCUCUUAAUCUUAUAAGGUUUUUUUAUCUAGAAUGUAGAAUAUUGUUUGUAAAUAAAAAUUGCAUAUAUCAUUUUAGAAUUGCAUAGAAUUGUAUAUUCAUUGCGUAUAUGUAUUAUUAAUCAUUGUUUUUUUUUUAAUAUAUAUAAAAUAUUGUAUUAACUAAUGACUGUUUAAUAUGAAUAAAAAUAUAUAAAUUUUCUUGGAUUAAAUAAGUUUUGACUAUUUAACUCUUUGCAGAUGAGUAUUUUAGAGACCAACUAACGGCUUCGGAAAUAUCGAACAUUUUGUGUAGACUUUUCCUAGAGUUAUUGUGAAUCUUCAACCUGACGACUUUUUACAAAAUAAAAUUUUAAUUUUAAUUUGAUACAUUCAAGUUAUAAUGGCAUAGCUUAGUAUUUAUAUUAAUUGUUAUUAGAAGCUUAUCAUUAGCAUUUAUAAUAUAACUUUUACCUUUUCGCCAGAAUUUAUACAAUAAUCAUAAUUUUACGCUACGAGAUGAAACAAUAGCAAAUAAAUAAAUUAUAUAUACCAAUAUUUUAUAGAUUUCUAUAUUUCAUUUCGUUGUUCUAUAGAAAUUUAAGUAAUGAAAUAAAACGUGAUUUAUAUGUUG